GGUUCUUCUGGGCUUAUGUUAAAGUGCUGAUUUAUCCAGAUAUCUGCUUUUUGCUAAAAGUAAUGGCUUGGUAUCAGAUUUGCUUUCUUUCCCAACUCUGUAACGUAAGCUGCCAGCCAACUAUUUGCUACAGUCCUGAUUACACGUCUUUCAAGUUCACUGAAAAAAACGAGGGUAUGAAAGAAGAAAAGGAACACAAUAAAAGCAAUUUCGAAGAUCUGUUUGUUUCUAAUCUGAAGAGCAAAGAUUGUGCCCUUAGUGGUUCAGAGGAAAGGACAGAAGAAAAAAGCCAUUUUAUUGCAAAGGAUGAUUCCAUGGACUAUGAAUUACCUGAGCUGGUUGUUUUCCUUCAAGAGAGCAGUUACCAUUUUGUUAAGGACGUAUGCAUUGACAAGGGAAUGCAUUCUCAUGGAAAGUGCUUGGUAGAGAAUUGCGAGUUGGACCAUAAGAUCAUCUCUCGCAUACUUGAAUCGGGUGCUGACAGCAAAAUGAUCGAAUCAAAAGUGCAGACUAUGGUGACGUUGUCAUCCAUUUCGAAGGAGUCAAGAACAACCGAUGAACACGGCCACAGUAAGAACGGUUCUAAGAAGAAGGAAUCAUCGAACUCGGUGAAAGACGUUUCAGAGUUUGAUGCAGGAGAUGAAAGCUCAACUGAUCAUCCUGUUGGGGAGGUACAAAAGGCGGUUUCAGCAAGCUCUUUGGAAAGUAGAAAGAACUCUUGUGAUAGUGAUAUGUCUAUGGCCACAACAAGUGGCAGAGAGGAACAUUCACACAAUCCAGAUAAUCAUCAGCAGGGUUCAGAAACAAGAAAUGUUGCUCCCAUUAGCACUGAAAAUGAAUCACCAAGCCACAUUCACCAACAUUUUGGUGCAGAAUCAAGCCACUUUUCAUCUGGUCAUUUCUCAGCCCACAUAGCACACCAUGGAGCAGCAUCACCGAGCUUUCGAAGCGUCUCUCAUCUGUCAAACAGCAGCACUACUAGUUCAAUGUCUUUCGCUUUCCCCAUAUUAGCCUCGGAAUGGCAUGGCAGCCCUGAAAGAAUGGCGACACCCGAAAAGAAAGAGUUGAGAAGCAAGCGCCGAGGGAAGUUUGCCCGGUUUCUCUGCUGUAAAUUCUGAGGUGUUUGUAUAGUCCUCUUGGACUUCUUGAAUUUUCAAUCAUUGAUUCUUUUGUUUCUUUAUUCACUUUGUUGCUCUGGUUCUGGUGUGCAUAUUGACCAAAUGUUCUGGUGGUAAAUCAUGACCAUAUUGUUUUUAUUAAACACACAACCAAUUAUUCCAUUUC